GGGAGAUCAUGAGUGGGGUGGCUUAGCUCAUGGGGCAAGGAGGAGGGGGGACCGUGCAACUUGUUGGACAGGACCUGAUGCUUGCACUCAAUCGGAGGCAAAGUUAAAGAAGAAAUCUAAAGGACUGCUGGGAAUAAAGGGAAUCUCACUGAAGACUCACUCACGUUCUGCAACUGGGAGAUGGUGUCAAGAGGCUGAAAAGUCCAGGGAACAUCGGGAGAAGGAAGGAAGGGAAAAGCUGGGCCUUCACUUUUCAAGCGACACGUCAAGGGAACUGUUAAUGCAACAUGAUCCAGAGGGUCCUGCCCUAAAAAUACCUCUGGGCAGCAGAGUGGAGCUAUCUCUAUCAACUGAAUUACCUGGUAAUCAACGGUUGCUUUUUCCUCUUCUGACAACACCUCAGCUCAGAGAACAGCACUUUAAGUAGAGUUCAUCCGUGUCAGAUAUGCUUCCCCAUGCUUUUGAUUUGGUUUUCCAAGUAAAACAAUCUAUAAAAUGUAAGAAUAUGCUAAUGUGAGCAUUGUUCAUGAACGCAGAUGCCCUGGUUGAGGUUUGGUUUAUAAUAUAACGGCCAGUCGGUGCUACAAUUGUGCUGCUGAGUAGGGCAGUUACAACAUUCAUUGGGAGGGUCUGCCAAAUCAGUUGAACCAUGAGGAAAGGAGAAGUGCAAAUGACCCUGAAAAAGGGGCCAGAUGAGGCAGUGGCACCCGCAAGCCCUGUCAUUCCCCCAAAACGGUCCAAAACUAACCCUGAGCAAGUCGUCCCAGAGCCUCAGGGAACUGGUUAUCCCACCCCAACUCCCCCCGUGUUUGUACGCAAAAUGAGGAACGCCGCUGUGGGGACAGGCUGCGACAUCCGCCUGAAGGUGACGGUGGCUGGAGACCCCCAGCCGUCUCUCUACUGGUACCACAAUGAUGAGCUCCUCAACAUGGAGAACCAGGAGUAUGGGGGGCUUUGGAUUAGAGACUGCAAACCAAGUGAUGCCGGCCUCUACACCUGCAUUGCCAACAAUCACCUGGGAGAAGCUCGGACCAGCGCUGUCCUCGCUGUCUUGGAUCUGGGUGAAGAUUCCGAAACAACAGAGGAUGAAGGUGGAGAUCAAUUUGAGACCAAAGAAGAUAGUGGUGAGUGUGAGGACCAGCCUGUGCAAACAGUGAUGGACAAAGGUGAAGAAGAUAACAGAGCACAUGCACAUGAGGAUCUCUCAAACACAACCAGGAGUCGUUCAGAGGAUUUUACAAGAGUGUCUCCACCUCAAGACCUCCCACCACCGUCCCCAAGGCUUGUCAAACGCCCCUCCACCUCUCCAAUGCCAAGUCGCUCUGGUUCAACCACACCAGUCAAUUUGAGAAAGAAAAUUGUUGUGCCAACUGAAUACCAAGACACAGUGCCUGGGGAGUUCGAAGAAAAGGUUAAGCAACCAAAAUCCCAGUCCCAAAGUAACACCCAGGACUCUCGUCCACAGACGCCACUCAGUGAGUACUCCCGCAAAGAAUUGACCCUUAGACCAUCCCCAAAGCUUACCAGGGCAAGCUCAAAGAUUUUUGAGAAGGUCCGUGGCUUAGAGGAGCGUAGACGAAGCCUUGAUCUUCCCGAGGGUUCCAUCUCGGGAGGAUCCUGGGCAGGGUUCAAUCGUGCUGGAUCUGUCGACUCUGAUGAUGGAGGAAGUCGGUUGGGGAUCUCUAGGGAAAGUUCCAGGGAAGAUCUUCGGGAGGCCCUGAAAGAGGAUGCUGCUGAGCGGAGAUCUAUGUUUAAGCAGAGAGCUGCUUCUCUCGAGGACAAACCCCGCUACUCCCAAAAAGUUCAGGACAUUGAGAACAAGUUUGCGGAAGAGCUGCAGCGUAUUAAAAAACUUGUUGGAAAACCUCAUAUGAAGAAAUCUUUUUCCACUGAGCAGCUUUCCCUGCGUGGCAAGCAGCGCCAGCCAUUCAGGAAAAUUGAGCCAAUUCCCCCCCAAGUCCUCCAAAAGCUUCAAGAAAGAGAACGUGCCCAGUGGGCAAGGGAACAGAAAGAUAAAGAUUCAAGUUUGCAACCAGUGCAACAAAAAGAGCAGACGCAGCAAGAACAGCCGAAACCACAACCAAAAUCACAGCCCCAAAUGACUGCAAGCACUGGUACGACGACUGUAACAGUCAGUAGAUUUGGAGAAGUUGUGGGAACCCCACAGUCAAUGCAGUUAUCUGACUUACCUGGUCAACGAUUUGUGAGAGAAAUAAACAGAGCCAGUCCUGUAACAGAAAUCAUUCAGAGAUCACCAUCACCAGCAUUACAUAACCAACAGAGGGAAGAGUCGCCAACGAGAAACAUUUCUGAGAUGACUUUACGCAAGAUUGAACGAAGGCCACCGAGUCCACUCGUUCAAAGAGUAUCGCGAAUGCAGGAAUCCCCCCACAUCCAGGAAUCUAUUUUGCAAAAGGAUGAAAAUUCAGGGAGGAAAACACCAAUAGAGGUAGCUCUAAGAAAAAUUGAAAGCAGACCUGAAAGUCCACUGGUACAAAAAAGGUCUCUUAUAGUGCAAGAUCCUCCACCUCAACUUCCCCCAAAACCCCCAAGAGUGUCACCAGUCACUCCUCCAGAGGAGAAAAUGGAAGUGGAGCUAUCAAAACCAACCCCCAAGUUCAGAGUCCCUACAAUAAUUGUUGAAGAUGAAACGAUGGAAGUAGACGUUCCUGUGAAGACAAAUGGGAGGCACCAGGUUACCACUGUUGCCAAAGAGGGUCAACAGCACAAGACUAAAGGAAAAAACCGUCGCCCGCGACCUUUGUCUCCAGAGUUAGAUUCUUCAGAUGAUUCAUAUGUGUCUGCUGAAGAGGACCCACUGGAGGUUCCUUUAUUCGAGUUUCCCCUACAGGACACUGUCGUGUCUGCAGGUGCAGAUGUGCUACUCAAAUGUAUCAUUGCUGGAACCCCCAGCCCUGAAGUGACCUGGACAAAAGACAACAGCAAAGUCACGGGCAAUGCAAAUUACACAGUCAAAGUGGAGGGUGAACGACACACUUUGUUCAUCAGAUCAGCAAAAACAAGUGAUGGCGGAAAAUACUGUGCGACUGCUGUUAACCAGGUGGGGAAAGCAUCGAGCACUGCCACCCUUACAGUUAAACCUGAGACUGUACAGGAGCCCAGAGGAAACCUGGGUGUGCCCAUGGAUAUCAGCAGCCCUAUAACAUCCGAUGAGGAGUAUCUCAGUCCACUGGAGGAGGGCAUGGAUUUUGGAGGACCGGAGACGAGGCGGACGAUUGACACGCGUUUCAGGAAACCCCCGGCUUUCCUGGUAACAAUGAGUGAUCAAGCUGUCACUGAAGGACAGGAAGUCACCAUGUCUGUCCGAAUAAGUGGACAACCCAAACCAAUGCUUUAUUGGCUGAGGGACAGAGUCACGGUAAAAUCAGGUCCACGCCACGCGGUACGAGAGAAAGAAGACGGCACUUUCGAGAUGACGAUCAAGUCAGCCGUCAGGUCAGACUCCGGCAUUUACACCUGCAAGAUCAUUAAUGAGUAUGGAACAAAGCAGUGUGAAGGAAAGCUGGAAGUCAAAGCUCCAACAUUUGAGCCAGGUCUCGCCGUCAUCCGCCCGGUCAGGGACAUCACCGCCAGAGCUGGGGACACAGUUAUGUUCGAGUGUCACGUCAUUGGACCCAAAGACACAGAUGUGGACUGGCUGGCAGACGGGAAACUCAUCCAGCCUGCACUGCUCAACUGCAAGAUGCACUUUGACGGUAGAAAGUGUCGGCUCCUGCUCAACUCUGUACACGAGGACGACAGCGGGACAUACAUGUGCAAGCUCAGCACAGCCAAAGAGGAAGUGACCUCAUGUGGCAAACUUAAGGUCAUCCCCUCAGUGGAACCUCUCUUCACUCGCAAGCUGGACGUUCUAGAAGUAAUUGAGGGGCGAAAUGCUCGCUUCGACUGCAAAGUCAGUGGGACGCCAUCUCCUACAGUCACAUGGAGUCACUUUGACCACCCGCUCACAGAAAGUGAGGACCUUCGCAUUCUUCAGGAGGGUGGACGCUACUCUCUCAUCAUUUCUCACGUGACCAAUGACGACGAGGGAUUCUACACUGUAAUAGCCCGUAACUGUCAUGGCGAGGCAGAGACCUCUGCUGAACUUUACAUUCAAGAACCGCGGCCAGCCAUCUCCUCACAGAUGGCUAAACUAGAGAAGAUGCCAUCUAUUCCAGAGGAACCAGAGGUCCCAGAGAACGAGGUGGAACGCUUCACCAUGCCUGACUUCAUCAAACCUCUCUUUGACCUGGAUGUAAUCGAGGGAAAGGAGGCUGUGCUCAAAUGCAAAGUGGCUGGUAUGCCGUAUCCUACCAUUGUCUGGUUCCACAAUGGAAAAAGGAUUGAGAGCACAGAGGACAGAAAGAUGACUCAGUUCCGUGACGUCCACAGCCUUGUCAUCCGCUCUGUGUCUCAUGCCCACGGUGGCGUCUACAAGAGUGUCAUUUCAAACAAAGUAGGCAAGGCGACCUGCUACGCUCAUCUCUAUGUCACAGAUAUCCUCCCUGACCCCCCUGAUGGGAUGCCGGUGAUAGAGUCCAUCACUGGUAAAACCAUCACCUUAACCUGGAAGAAACCAAGGAGACUGGACCCUUCCAUUGAUCCCAGCUCUCUGAUGUAUGCCAUUCAGCAACAAGCACUGGGCUCCAUCCAGUGGACAAUCAUAGCUUCUUGCCUGAAGGAGACGCAGUUCACCAUCUCAACCCUCUCCAAAGGAGUCCGCUAUGCUUUCAGGGUGCUGACCAUCACCACCAAGGCUUUCAGCAAGCCAUCCCCUGCCACUGACCCAGUGCAGCUCCUGGACAGAGGCCCCUAUCUUCAGGAGGCUCCAGUGAUUGUUGAUAAGCCAGAUGUUGUAUUUGUGAUGGAAAACCAGUCAGUCACGAUCACCGUUACCAUCAAUCAUGUCAACGCUGCCGUCAUCUGGAAGAGGAGAGGAAUGGUCCUUUCGAGCAAACCGGGCCUGUAUGAGAUGGCAAUGCCGGACGAUGACCAGCACACACUGAAGCUGUUCCAGGUGAAGAGCACCGACGUUGGAGAGAUGGUGUUUACGGCCUCUAACAAGUACGGCAAUGACAGCUGCACCUUCAGUGUGGAGAUGGCAGCCCCACCAACAUUUGAGACAAUCAUGGAGGACUUGGAUGUCUGUGCUGGAGAGACUCCCCGCUUUGCUGUGGUUGUGGAGGGCAAACCUAUUCCUGACAUCCUCUGGUUUAAGAGUGAUAUCCUGCUGUGCGAGAGCAGCCAUUACACUUUUGUGUAUGAUGACAAUGAAUGCUCCCUGGUGGUCGUAAAUGCACGAACAGAUGACUCCGGUGUGUAUACCUGCACUGCCAGGAACUUGGCAGGAUCUGUGUCUUGUAAGGCUGAGCUCACCGUUCAUGAAGCUAAAAGUAAAGAAGAUCCAGUGGAUGAUGAGGAGACUCUUCUACGGAAAAUGCGCAGACUGACCGACUAUUAUGACAUCCAUAAGGAAAUUGGAAGAGGUGCAUUUUCCUAUGUGAAGCGUGUGACCCAGAAGAUUGGCAAAUUGGAGUAUGCAGCAAAGUUCAUCUCCACACGGGCCAAGAAGAAGAUAUCUGCCAUGAGAGAGAUGAACCUGCUUUCCAAGCUGGACCACGAGAGAGUCCUUUACUUUCAUGAAGCCUUUCAGAAAAAGAAUACAGUCAUCAUUGUCACUGAAAUAUGCCAUGAAGAGCUGCUUGACAGGUUUACAAGGAAAUCUGCAGUAAUGGAGUCUGAUGUACGGUCAUGUGUAAGACAGCUUCUUGAAGGGUUGGACUACCUUCACCAUCAAAACAUCAUGCAUUUGGAUAUCAAGCCUGAUAACAUCUUACUGGCAGAUCCCCAUGGCGAUCAGAUCAGAAUCUGUGAUUUUGGCAACGCAGUGGUGUUCACACCUGAUGAAGCUCAAUACUGCAAAUAUGGCACACCAGAGUUUGUUGCACCAGAAAUUGUCAAUCAGACCCCUGUGUCCAAAGCAACAGAUAUCUGGCCAAUUGGAGUGAUCACAUAUCUGUGUUUGACAGGAGUUUCUCCAUUUGCUGGUGAAAAUGAUCGCAGUUCUGUGCUGAACAUCAGGAACUAUAAUGUUGCCUUCGAGGAGAGCAUGUUUGCCGACCUUUGCCGAGAGGCUAAAGGAUUUAUCAUAAAACUGCUGGUGGUUGACAGACUGAGACCUGAUACUCAGGAAUGUCUCCGACACCCCUGGUUCAAGACACUAAGUAAGGGGAAGGCUAUAAGUACAGAGGCACUUAAAAAGUUUGUAUCACGCAGAAAAUGGCAGCGUUCGCUAAUCAGCUAUAAAUCAAAAAUGGUCAUGAGAUCCAUACCUGAAUUGCUGAACGAUUCUUCCAGCCACAUAUCCAUCGCAGUUCCCAGGAAUCUUAAAGAGGGUUCGCCUUUGCCAUCAUCAUCUUCCGAUUCUGAUGAAGAUAUUGAUGAACUGCCAUUUAUUCCAAUGCCCCAAAACAUGGAAUUCUCUGGAUCAAGGAUGUCUCUGACUGACAUACAGACCAAUGAAAAGGAAACAUGGAAGCCAAAUGGAACUACAAAAGGUUCUGGGUCACCUGUUCAAGUACAGGAGGCAAUAGAGUGUGACCUUAAGGAAAUGAAUAAAGAUGGGGUUGAGGUCACAAGUAAAGGCCAGCAGCGGAAGAGGUCAUCACAAGAUAAUGAUAAGGGCUCCUCAGAAGAAGAACCACCUGUUGAAUUACCCCAAAAGCCAGAGCUGUCUAGAAAACCACUGCAAAGGGGUUCAAGUAUGGAAUCCGACAGACCAGAGGGAGGACGGCGAAGAGGAGAACUUAGACGUGGAGGCUCAGCUGACAGUGCAUUGCUGCUCAAGAUUACACCUGAGGAGGAAGCCGGAGAAGGAAAUCAAGAAAAUGGCAGAAAAGUUUUGAAAAAAGCUGUCUCUAUGGAACUACCAAGGAGGAGCACCAGCCCAGGAACAGUCAAGAUGAGUCAAGAAGAUUAUGCUCUUAAACUGGAGCUGAUGAGACAACGACUGCUCCGUGGUGGCUCUGUGGACAAAAAAAUGAGUGGACUGAGAGGACCACUGUUGGAAACAUUAGGAAUGGGAGAUGAAAAACGAGCAAUAUCCUCAGAUCGCUAUUCUCGAAGUGCUCGAUUAGGCCCACCACCACUAAUUAGAGCUGCAUCCACUGACUCACCAAGAGACGAAGUUCCCAAGCCCAAAAUUUUGCGCAAAAGUGCUUCUUUCAGUCAAGGUGAUUCAGAGCCAAUAGUUUUACACCGCAGAUCUGGAGCUCCUCUUGAGAUUCCACUGGCACAGGUAGAAGAAAGAAGGCUAAAGGAAGCAAUAUCUAUGUCAGCUUUAACUGAGCAAAUCAAGUUAGACUCUCGUCCAGUGACUCCAAGGGAUCCUUCACCAAAACCACCAACUCCAGAGUCUGUUGUGCAGGAGAGUCCUACUAAAACCGAAAGUGAGGAGUCAUUAAUGGAGAAAGAAAUUAAGUCAGAUGAGACAAAUGACAAGAUGGAUGGGUUGACAACAGAUUGUAAUUUUGAUGAAAGAUCAAGCACAAGUGGUUUCUCAGAGAAGGAUAUGAGUAUAUCAGAGGAACCAAUGGAGUCAGAGUACACAGGCCAGAAAAUCCCUACACCUCCUCCUGUGGUUGACAGCUCUAAUCUAGAGGAAAAAAUGGAAGUGAAAGAAGUAGAGAAGGAAUAUGAAGAAAAGGAUGAGAUUAUGGAAGAGGAAAACGUAAAUCCCUCUGAAUCAAAUAUGAAAGAAAAUGUAGAAGUUAUUGUAGAAAAUGUAGACGAGGAAGUAAAUAUAGCUGCUAAAUCAUCUGAGAUGGUCAUAUCCACAAACUCAGUUAUAGUGAGACCAACACAAGAGUAUCCCCAUCCCCCAACAAAUGUUGUGUCAACUUACGUAACCCCUUCACUUCCUUCUCGAGUUGUUCUUCCAGAUGGAACAACUUCAGCUUAUGCAAGUAUUUUGCAGACUAUUAUGGUCCCUUCAAUUCAGCCUCUCAGUGAUCCACCUUUAGGCCCCUCUACACCAGUUCCAGCUGCCUCACCAUCAGCAGAGUCAACAGAAACUAUUCUACCUGCAUCUUCUCCUGCCAGCAUAUCCUUAGCUCUGCCAAAGUCAACCACUGAGCAUGCUGCUGUAUAUGCCAGGGUAGCAUCCCCAGAAACAAUCACAAAAGAACCCAGUCCACCAAAGAUGACCACACAUUCCUUAUCCCAACAAGAGCUUUCAGCAGGAGUGGACUUAGAGGACAUUACUUCUGAACAAGUCUUUGAGGCUCGCUUCAAGAAACGUGAAUCUUCUCUCUCUAGAAGUCUGAAGUUUUUGUCCCGAUCUAAGAACGAUGAAAAUUCUCAACCAACUUCCACAGAAACUGGAGAUGCAGGUGAAGAGAUAUACAGACCAGGGCCAAUAGGUGCACCAUUGGAAUUGGCACCAAGAAGACUUGAAGAGAAGUCAAAGUCAGUCCUGGACCUUCGUGAAGCUCAAAAGGACCAAGGCUUCAUGAGAAGACUCUCUUUGCGCUUGAGAAGAACUCCAUCUGCUGAACGCAAGGAUGACAUGACCAAAGAAGAAGACUCGGUUGCUUCAAAAAGAAGGCUUUCCUGGACUCUUGGCCGAAGAGGAUCACAGGAAAAGAAAGAAGUGGAGAUGAUGCGCAUGGACGGUAGUGGUGACACCUUAGUGGAACAAGGUGCAAAGGAACUCAAGAAACCUAAUGAAUCACCAGUCUUGGCAAUGCGAAGAAAGAUUGAAUCAACAGUGGCAGAAAUCUCUACCAGAAUCCGAAGCUACUCGGAGGAAAGGAAAUCAUCAGAGGAAAAGGAGCAAAAGAGGACACCAAUUCUUUCCAUGCUUCGACGUUCAACAUCAGAGAGUCGUGCUAUGAAGGUUCCCAGUGUUCCUCAGAACCAGCUAGCAUCUCAGGGCAAUAUGGGCACCUCAUCAGAGUCUCUAAACUCCAUGUCCAGCCUAAAGACUGAUAUAGCAAAAGGUGCAGAGGUUGAGCGCAGAUCCCGCUGGGAUAGAUGGGGCCUGACAAGAGGAAAGCAAAACAAGACAGUAUCACAGCCUGACAUACCAACAGCAAUCUCGAGAGAAAAUAGUUCAUUACGUUCACGCCAGUAUUCUAAACUGGCAUCUGAUUUCCCUCCAGUGUUCCACAUCAAGCUGAGAGAUCAUGUCCUGCUGGAGGGAGAUCCAGUCACUCUCAGCUGUCUGCCAGCUGGCAGCCCUCAUCCACAUGUCACUUGGAUGAAAGACAAGAAGCUUCUGGAGAUUGAUGCCAGGAUGAAUAUGAUCGCCUGCCCUGAUGGCCGUCAGCUACUGAUGAUCAUGCACACAACCAAAAAGGAUGCAGGGGUUUAUGAGUGUGUGGCUACAAACCCCCUUGCCUCUACAUCCAGCUCUUGCACAAUAUCCCUUGCUCGCCUACCCAAUCGUCCUGGGACUCCUGAGAUUCCUCAGAAGUACAACAAAACAGCCUUAGUACUAUGGAGGCCCUCAGACACCAUGGCCCCCUGUACAUACUCUCUAGAGAGGAAAGCAGAAGGUGAGACUAACUGGCUCAUCGUGGCAACGGGGGUGGCUGACUGUUACUACAAUGUGGUUGACCUGCCAGCAGGGUGCUCCUAUAGGUUCAGGGUGGCAUGUGUUAACAAAGCCGGCCAGGGCCCCUACAGCAACGUCUCCCAAGUGGUCAGCCUGGAACCUUCAGAACCAGCUAAAUCCAGUGCGUCUGUCGUGGUGAAGACUGUCCCUACGACUGCACCUCCUCCCACUGUUGUGAUGAUGUCAUCCAUGAAAGUACCUCCCAUUAAGCCAGCCCCAAGUAAAUCCACUACAGUGACACUUGCCCCAACUGUCCCUCCCUCUACCUCAGCUCCCAGUCUGACUGUAACUAAGUCUGCUUCCCCAAUGACCAUCAAACCUGUUGUCCAAGUCGAUGCUCGCCGUCCAGCUGUCACUCCCACUAUUAGUGCAGCCCCAUCUGAUGAAGCUCCUGUUCAGACCACCAUGAGUGUCCAGGCCACAGCAGCAAAAACCAACCAUAAAACCAUCCCCUCUGUUCAAGCUCCUGCUCAGACCACUUCAAGUGUCCAAACCACAACAGCAAAAACCACCCUUAGAACCACCCCAUCUGAUCAAGCUCCUGUUCAGACCCCCACAAGUGUCCAAGACUCAGCAGAAAGAAACACCCUUAGAACCACCCCCUCUGAUCAAGCUCAUGUUCAGACCACCACAAGUGUCCAAGCCACACCAACUAAAGCCAAAACCACCCUUAGCAUUAGUAUGAGCAAACCUCAAACCAGGUUGGCACCACCGCCCGUUGUUCCUCCCAAGCCUCGGAGUCCUUUAAAUGUAGUUCACACCAAAAUCAAUCAAUCCCCUUCUCCUGCCCCUGCCAUUGGGAAACCCAUUUCAUCUCUACCAUUGUACGUGCCAGCCGCAACUGCUCGUGCUACUCCGCCUUCUCAAUCCAGUUCAACCACCACAACCACCACAACCCAAGUCACUCCUGUGAUUCCGGUCUCACCGGCUGUGGUGGUGGUGCAGAGCCUGACACCUGUGGUGCAGGGAGGGGAGAGCUGGAGUACCCCAUCUGGACGGAUCACACCCUCGGGGCGGAUCACACCCUCUGGACGAAGGACACCAGUGGGCAAGCCUGGUGAGGGAUCGCUGCGCCAGGGUGUUCCGCAGAAACCUUACACCUUCAUGGAUGAGAAAGCAAGGGGCCGUUUUGGUGUGAUCCGCGAGUGCCGGGAGAAUGCCACAGGCAACCUCUUUAUGGCAAAGAUUGUUCCAUAUGAAGCAGACACCAAACAGACUGUGCUGCUCGAAUACGACAUCCUCAAGUCCCUUCAUCAUGAGAGAAUCAUGGCUCUGCACGAAGCCUAUGUCACGCCACGCUACUUGGUGCUUAUUUCAGAGUACUGCAGUGGAAAGGAGCUGCUCCACAGCAUCAUAGACAGGUUCCGCUACUCUGAGGAUGACGUGGUGACCUAUAUAUUGCAGAUCCUCCAGGGUCUGGACUACCUCCAUACCCGGCGCAUCCUCCACCUGGACAUCAAACCAGAGAACAUCAUUGUCACUUACAUGAAUGUCAUCAAGAUCAUAGACUUUGGCAGUGCUCAGACUUUCAACCCUCUCUUCCUCAAGCAGUUCAACCCUCCUAUUGGAACACUAGAAUACAUGUCCCCAGAGAUGUUGAGAGGUGAUGUGGUGGGCCCGCCUACUGACAUCUGGAGUGUGGGCGUUCUUACUUUCCUCAUGUUGAGUGGCAGGUCUCCUUUCAUGGAAAAUGAUCCUCAGGAGACUGAAGCCAGGAUCCUGGCAUCAAAGUUUGACCUCCUAAACCUCUACCAGAAUGUGUCCCAAAGUGCCUCUCUGUUUCUUAAAAAGAUCCUCUGUAGCUACCCUUGGGCUCGCCCAUCUAUAAAGGAAUGCUUCAAUAACUCAUGGCUUCAAGAUGCCUAUCUGAUGCGCCUUCGGAGGCAGACUCUCACCUUUACAAACACCCGUCUCAAGGAAUUCUUGGCCGAACAGCAGCGCAGACGAGAGGAGGUGGCCACCAAGCACAAAGUUCUUCUGCGUUCCUAUAAGAGCUCAACACAAAACCCCACCAGCCCCACCACACCACAUGUGCCAGCCUCACCCACCACACCUGUCACCCAAUGAAAACAGGCUUCCAAACACCCAGUGUGUGUGUGUGUGUGUGGGGGG